CCGUGCUCAUCCGGUAACAAGUGUAUGUAGGCUGUGUUGAAUAUUUGAUUAAAAUAAAAAUAUUGUUCGAAUUUAAUCAAUUUAUUAUACACAUAAUAAUUAAGGAACGUUAAAGUUUAACAGAGUGAAUAAAUAUCGGGUGCUUGCAGCCGCUUUGCUGCUCGCCGAAAUCGUUGCAGCCCAACGCCGCGUCGUACGCGAAUGCAUAUUCGUUCAGAAAAUACAAGAAGCAUCUUCACGAUCAACUUUGGUUCAACAAAUCUAAGAAAAGAUGUCUUCACGACGACGGUCACCGGAUCGUCGUAAGGAGGGCUUGCAUUCGUCUAGUUCCCGCGCGGCUGCAGCUUCGAGCAGACUUCGGAUGGAUCGUAAUCCAACACAUUCGCGAAUAACAGAUCCCAGCGAACCGGCUGGACGUCGCCGGGAAAUUGACAACGUUAUGAAGAAAGCACGUGCUUCACCCAAUGCAAAUGGUUAUUGGGAUAAAAAAUUAUUAGAAGUGGAAGAAAAAGAUCCAAAUCGUUGGAGGCAUACUGGAUAUAAAGCUCUAUACAUCGAGGGCUCCUCACCGUCCCCUUCACCGUCACGACGUAAUGGCGGCUCUUCACCGCCGCCGCGACGUAAUGGCGGUUCUGUACGCCGUUCGCGUAGUCGGUCACGGCAACGUCGUACACCGCCCGCUCCAUCGGCAUCGACAUCAUCACGUCCACGCCCAAGGUCACCACCACCGCCACGCUCCGCAAGAUCAAUUUCAGCAAGCUCUCUUAGUAGUUGCUCAGAUGAUUCAUGUUCCGUUUGUUCGCCAAAACAUCGUGGCCACAAAACGGCACGUUCAAGAUCACGUUCGUUUUCGGUACCGCGUUCUCGAUCGCAUAAAGUAAACUCGGCGUCCGCGUCAAAUAAUUCAAACAAUCGCGUAAAGAGUGGACAAGUGAGUGGGCAACGGCCGCGACCGCGAGGCCCUACAUCGCCUCCACCUCAAUCUCCGUCACCUCAUUCGAGCCGAGCACGUCCAAUUAAAACGAAACCAUCUACUUCAUCUGGAUCAGUAAGACGGCCACCACCUUCAAAUCAUAUGUCUCAACGAUCACAUAUUGCAGAGGCGUCACCAACUCCACGUGCACGAAAUCAAAUGCCGCUUCCAAUUCAAGAAAUAAUACCCCCUCCAUCACGAGCACAUGAUAAAAAUCGGCGACCAAAAGAAUCGAAACGGCCAAAGGUUGCACAAAUACGUAUUAAAAAAGAGAAAAAGUCAAACAAACCAAGGAGAUUAUCCCCAACAGUUGCCGAAUCAUCUGGUUCUGAUGAGAGUUCUAGUUGUUCGGAUGCACCACCAGUUGUUGCAGCGACACGUUUAACGUUAAGUGAAAGAUUUGGUAAAAUGGCUCAGUGGAGUGUCGAUCGACGAGACAUUGAAAACAUGAGAAUUACGAAAAAUUCUAGUGGCGGUGACUUGAAGGUCAUGAUAGAAGAGGAUGACAUUGUUUAUGGCGACCCACCACCUCGUUACAGGGAAAAGAGGACCCCAAAUACGAAAAAACACGAAAAUCCAGUUCAUUUGAAGCCGAGUCAUUCACCAGCUCCACAAGGACAUUACCCUGAUGAGUUACUAACAGUUGGUCCAUCUGGGCUAGCUUCAUGGGAUGACGUACGAGUACGUUAUCAAUACUAUAAAGAAAGAGGUUAUUUGCGUGAUCUUACACUUGACGAUUACAUAAAAUGGGAAGAAUGGUGGUAUAAGUACCAAGAAUGGUUAAAAGCAGAACGGUAUUAUGAACUUUGGGUUCAACAACGGCAGCAACAAAGGAAUCGUCGGAGAAAACGUCUUCCUGCAACACAGCGACUUAAUUAAGUAUUUAUAUUUGUGGGUAAGAAAUAUUUUAUUGUUUUUU